AUGUCUUUAGCUGCCUCUUCUAACAAUACUAGCAGCAGUAAUAAUGUUGCUUCUUCACCUAAAAGGCGUUUCGUUACAAAUAAUAUUUCUGUUGAUGCUUCUAAGGGUGAUGACGUUGACCUUCUAGAACACGUCACCAAACGUCCAAAAUUGUCAUCGUCAUCUGCUCACAACGGUAACGGUUCUGUCAAGCAAUUUUUAAUUUUUAAAAAGGAUACUACCGACAGUUUUAAUAGUUCGGACGAAGAGGAUUGUAGUUAUGACCGCAACCUCGUAAACAAUAAGAAACACUAUUUAUCGGAGAAAAAGCAAAAAAAAAAUGUGCAUUUUAGUACCUCCAAUCAUAUUUAUCCAACUACCACAAAAAUAAACGAUAUACACGUGGAUAAUAAAUUUCUAGAAACCGCUAUUAAUUAUUCGGAUAGUGAUACUGAUACCAAAGAUGGGUGUCUUGUAAGAGCAGGUGUGCCAAACUAUUCUACUAUCUCAGAUGCCGCUAAGAAAAGAAUUUUUUCCAAUUACUCCAACCAUAGUAAUAGGGAGGUUCCAGAACAAGAUAUAGUCUCUAGAGAAAGAUGUUUUGAUUAUUUACUACAAUCAAUUGAUGAAGUUUGGGCUAGGUAUUGUGACACAGUUACAUUUGCCGAACAACAAAUUUAUGGUGAAAAGAAAUUAGGAAGUAAAUAUAGCGUUGCCAAUACUAACUACUAUGAUUUUGGUAACAACAUAAAUAAUAUAGAUUCUCCUUUAAGGAGUAGGAGAUUUUCCUCUUUUGCCUUGAGUAGUAACUUGAGUGACGAAAACACUGAUGAUGAUGAAAAGACUAAUAACGAUGAUACAAGUGAUAAUGAGGAUGAAGGUUAUAAGUCUGAAAUCACUAAUCCUACGGAAUACGAAACGGAUUAUGAGAACUGUUCUGGCGGAACAAAUUUUUUUUCCGCUACUGCUACUAGUUUAAGCGAAUUGCCCGCUUCUGUUAGAUUGCAAACAUUGAAAACUAGAUUAAUUAAGGCUAAAAAAUAUUUAGAAGAUAUAUAUGAUUCCAAAUAUUUGAUGGAUUCAAUGCAGUUUUGGAGAAGAUGGGAUAUGAUCAAGUAUAGUGCGGUGGAAAUGAUGGAAGAAGAUGAUGAGGAUGAGAUUAUUGAUUCUGUUUUGUCAGAAUUAGAACAAGGACGCUUUUUUACCAUGACUAAUUAG